AUGGACGAAAUUAACAAACUCGAGUACCUCUCUCUAGUCUCAAAAAUCACUAGUGAGUUGUUAAACCACACUGGGUUCAAUGAUAAAACAUUAGCCGAGUUUGUAAUCAAUCUUCACGAAGAAAACAGCUCGUUGCCAGAUUUCAAAAAAGCACUAUGUGAUGCUGGCGCCGAGUUUCCAGAAUCGUUUAUUCAGACACUUGACCGUCUAAUCCGUAAAAUGCAUCCAAAAUACAAAAAAGGUAAAGGAAAAAGCAAGGAAACUGACAACAAUGAGGAUAGUUAUAGAUAUGAUCCUGACCAGAAGGCGGCUUUGUUUCCGGGGCUAGCAUUACCUGAUGAUCAUGAUUGGAAAAGAAAACAAGAAGAUCUCAAGGCAAAAGAUGCACAGAUACAAAACUUACUUGAUACGAAAAAAAAGGAAGCGAUAAGCGGACGCAGUUCUAGAAAUAGUAACCUCUAUAAUGUAAGUGGUAGUAGUAGUAGCAACUCACGUAAACGAAAAAAUAGUCGAAGUAGAAGUCGAAGUCCUAUUAUAUCUACAGCCCCUACUACUGUUCCUACUACAUCUAGUAGAGGCCGAUCUCCUAUACCAAAACGUAGAAGAUCACCAUCUUUAGGAAAACCGCCAAUUGCCGAUGAUGACGACAAGAAAGCACCCAGCAGUCUUAAUCGUCUUUCGUCUCCGGAACGAUGGGAAAUUAAACAACUUAUCGCUUCGGGUGUAUUCAAAGCCUCAGAUUAUCCUAAUAUUGAUGAAGAGCAUGGAUUCAUAGAAAGUAUGGAAACGGAAGAAGAACUUGAUAUUGAGAUUCGAGAAGAAGAACCACCGUUUUUGAGAGGACAGACGAAACAUACAAUGCAGUUGAGCCCUAUUAAAGUUGUUAAAGCUCCUGAUGGUACGUUAAAUCGAGCGGCUAUGGCUGGUGCUUCAUUGGCUAAGGAGCGAAGAGAAUUAAGGCAGCAACAAGCAAAUGCUGAAUUGGAUUCUGUUCCCAAAGAUUUAAAUCUACCUUGGCUUGAUCCUAUGCAUGAUCCCGGCGAACGACAUUUUGCUCAGGAUCUAAGAGGAGUUGCUGCUGGUCGUAAAGCAGGCGAAGUACCCGAAUGGAAGAGAGAAACCUUUAAUAAAGCUACAAGUUUUGGGAAGAUAACAAAUUUGACUAUACGAGAACAAAAAGAAAGUCUACCAAUUUUCAAAUUUAGAGAAAAACUGAUACGUGCAGUGAGAGAGAAUCAACAACUGAUUCUUAUUGGUGACACUGGUUCUGGUAAGACCACGCAAUUGACCCAAUAUCUCGCUGAGGAAGGGUUCGCUGAUCGUGGCAAAAUUGGGUGCACUCAACCUCGUCGUGUUGCCGCAAUGUCAGUAGCAAAACGUGUUGCGGAAGAAGUGGGUUGUCGUCUUGGUUCAGAAGUUGGAUAUACAAUCCGUUUCGAAGAUUGUACUAGUCCCGAAACUAAAAUCAAGUAUAUGACGGACGGUAUGCUUCUUCGUGAAUGCUUGAUCGAUAACACGCUUUCUCAGUAUUCGCUUAUUAUUCUUGAUGAAGCUCACGAAAGAACAAUACAUACGGAUGUACUUUUUGGGUUGCUAAAAAAAACUUUGAAAAAACGACCAGAUUUCCGAGUAAUUGUCACUUCGGCAACUCUCGACGCUGAAAAGUUUUCUGCAUACUUUUUCGAUUGUCCAAUCUUUACGAUCCCAGGUCGGCCACAUCCUGUCGAAGUACUUUACACCAAAGAACCAGAAUCUGAUUAUCUGGAUGCAGCACUAAUAGUAGUCAUGCAGAUACAUCUUUCUGAACCGCCGGGUGAUAUUCUAUUGUUUCUUACCGGUCAAGAAGAAAUUGAUACUGCGGCCGAAAUUCUGUAUGAGCGUAUGAAAGCUCUAGGUCCGCAAGUACCCGAUCUUAUUAUAUUGCCGGUAUAUUCUGCGUUGCCAAGUGAAAUGCAAUCACGUAUUUUUGAGCCAGCGCCGCCGGGUAGUCGUAAAGUUGUCAUUGCGACUAAUAUUGCUGAAACUUCUAUAACAAUUGAUGGAAUUUAUUAUGUGGUGGAUCCUGGAUUUGUCAAACAAAAUGCAUAUGAUGCCAAAGUUGGUAUGGACUCGUUGAUCGUGACGCCUAUUUCUCAAGCUCAAGCUCGUCAACGUGCAGGCCGUGCAGGACGUACUGGACCUGGAAAAUGUUAUCGAUUGUAUACAGAAGCUGCAUAUCGUAAUGAAAUGCUUCCAAAUCCGGUGCCUGAAAUACAACGAACAAAUUUAGCCAACAUUGUCUUAACACUCAAAGCAAUGGGAAUCAAUGAUCUACUGCACUUCGACUUCAUGGACCCGCCUCCGGUUCAAACACUACUAACAGCUCUCGAGCAGCUUUAUGCUCUUUCCGCGCUAGACGAUGAAGGUCUCUUGACAAAAUUAGGACGAAAGAUGGCUGAGUUCCCACUUGAGCCACCCCUCUCCAAAAUGUUAAUCGAGUCCGUAGAUCUGGGAUGUUCCGAAGAAAUAUUAACGAUUGUCGCCAUGUUAUCAGUUCAAAAUGUCUUCUAUCGACCAAAGGAAAAACAAGCAGCCGCCGACCAAAAGAAAGCGAGAUUCCAUCAGCCAGAAG